UCAGUAACUUCCGGCCACGUGACUUUACCGUCGCGUCUUUGUAAACAAAUUCAGAAAUUAAUGUGCAAAAGGAAUGUGGUAACAAUAAUAAGAGUUAAAAAACCGAAGCAAAAACAUUUUUUUUCGAUUGACAAUCGUUAUGGUAAUUGAUUGUCCUUCCGGAAGUAGUUCCCUGUGCAUGAUGGGAAAUGGAGUUUUCAUCGGCAACUUGCGUUCCAGAAGCGGUGCAUGCCGGGAGUGGUCACCCACCUGAGAUACAGCCAUGGAAGGAAUCGCCGACCAGCGCCCACUGUUUGGGGGAGCGUUCUCUGCCGUCCUGCCCCCCAAUAUACAGGAUGUCAGCGACCUCCGGGAGAUCCCUGACAACCAGGAGGUGUUCGUCCACCAUGACACUGACCAGAGUAUCAUUGUGGAGCUAUUAGAGUACCAGAAGGGGAUGUCGGACCCCGACGCUGCCAGAUACCACUUUGAAGAUAUUGCUGCCAGCAAUGAUGCUCAGGGCAGAGCGGAGGUGGUGAGUGUGGAGCCCCUACCCCUGGCACAGUUAUCUCUCACCAGCUGCUCCAGUGCAUGGACUCUUACAGGGCACCAGCUAGUCUCCAAGUUCAAUGAGCAGGCUCAGAACACGGUGACAAUACAUAUGGCGUUAUUCCGUAUGCAGCAAUAUGCGACUGAUCUACUGGUGACCUUCAAUGAUCCCGUAGCUAUCGAUCCGGCCAGCAGCAGUAGUUCCGGUUCUGGUAACGCUUCUCCUCCUUGGACCAUUGAUGAUUUCCACCGUCUCCUGUGUGGUUUCCAGCUCCAUGAUCCUGGUGUCUUUGGCUGAUAUGAUGGGGGAGGAUGAGGAUGCGGUGACCUCCGGUGGGCGUCUCGGUAUCUGAGCAGUCGGCCCCUCCAGUGUCUAUUCUUUUUACCUCCCAGCCUGGAAUGGGUGGUCUCUGAUUGGAGGAUGGGAUGUAUCAUAAAGGACUGUGAUUCCUGCAGUGCAGGAUGUAAGAUGGGAGGAUGUAUAGUAGUGGUCUCCAAACUGUGGACCUCCAGAUAUUGCAGAACUACAACUCCUAGCAUGCCCAGGCAUGCUGGGAGUUGUAGUUUUGCAACAUCUGGAGGCCCAUAUUUUGGAGACCACUUGUCUUUAGCGAUGAGCUGGGUUUCAUUUAACCUUUUCACAACUGUAAAUGCAAUAUUUAGAAAUAUUUAUUUUAGGAAUAAACUAUUUCUGGAUUUUAUUUGUCAUAACAUAAUAAACCAUGACGUGUCUAGACCAGUGGUCUUCAACCUGCGGACCUCCAGAU